AUGCACAUCAUCAAACCCAUCUGGCUCACCCAUGGAGGCGAAAAGAAAGAUUUCGAGGUCUAUAGCUGCCAUGUCUCCCCCGACGGCAAACGUCUGGUUACCGCAGCCGGCGAUGGCUACGUGCGAAUCUGGUCGACCGAGGCGAUCUACAACGCGACCAAUGCGAAGUACGACAAGCCCAAGCAGCUGGCGUCGAUGAGUUACCAUUCCGGCACCAUUCACACGGUGCGCUUCUCACCUGGCGGGAAAUUUCUGGCUUCGGGGGCGGAUGACAAGAUUGUCUGCAUCUAUACUCUGGACCCGAGUCCUCCCACCCAUGCCACAUUCGGUUCAAACGAGGCGCCUCCAGUCGAGAACUGGCGUAUCUUUCGGAGACUGAUCGGACACGACAACGAUGUGCAAGAUCUGGGCUGGUCAUACGACGGGACAAUCCUGGUGUCGGUGGGCUUGGAUUCGAAGGUGGUGGUGUGGUCAGGUUUCACAUUCGAAAAGCUGAAGACACUCUCGAACCAUGCGAGCCACGUCAAAGGUAUUACCUUCGAUCCCGCCAACAAGUACUUUGCGACCGCGAGCGACGACCGCACGAUUCGGAUCUUCCGGUUCACCUCUCCCACGCAGAAUUACACGACGCACGACGCGGUGAACAACUUCACUGUCGAGACGACCAUUGUCCAGCCAUUCGUGAAUUCGCCCUUGACAACCUACUUCCGGAGGUGCUCCUGGGCCCCGGAUGGAAUGCAUAUUGCAGCAGCCAACGCGGUCAACGGUCCCGUCAGUGCGAUCGCCAUCAUCAACCGCGGGACGUGGGAUGGAGACACCACCUUGAUCGGACAUGAAGGGCCAGUGGAGGUAUGUGCGUUUUCUCCCAGACUCUACGGAUCAGAACCUCCCACGAAAACUACACUUGACGAUCAUCCUACACCUCACACGACCGUGAUCGCAUGUGGAGGGGCAGACAAAUGCCUGAGCAUCUGGACGACGAGCAGUCCGCGGCCCAUUGUAGUCCAGCAGGAUGUGGCUGGCAAACCGAUAUCGGAUAUUGCUUGGAGCCCGGAUGGACAAACACUGUUCGCCACGGCGCUUGACGGCACCAUCUUGACGGUCAUGUUUGAAACCGGAGAGUUGGGCUACGCAAGACCGAUCGAAGAGAAUGACAGGUCACUCUCCAAGUACGGCACAUCAAGAAAGGGCAUCGGAUUUCCGGAGAGCACCGAUGCACUCUUGCUCGAGGAAAUGAGCAAGGCCGGUGAGCUGAAGGGUGUGGAAGGGCGCAUGGGUGCGUUGAUGGGCGACUUGCACGCCUCACUACCAGCGACCGCAGAAAAGCCAGCGGCAACUACAAACGGUACCACCACAAAUACUCCAAUCCUCACAAAUGGAAUGGCGGAAACGACGACGAAUGGGCAAGCCGCGGCAAAGACACAAGACGAUCAGAACCAGGCCAAACUGGAGAGACUGAAGAAUCGAGUCGAGAUCACUAAGGAUGGUAAGAAGAGAAUACGGCCUCUGUUAGUGUCUGGCGCCGGUGGGACGGAGUCUUCACUGCCGCAGACGAAGCUGGUCAGUGCUAGUGCGAAUGUUCAGACGGUCGAUGCCCCCCAGUCCGUGCUUGACCUCUCAAAACCGUUCGAUGGGCUUCCCAAAGGUGGCCUGGCGGCGUUGUUGCUUGGAAACAAGCGGAAAUACGCCCAGAUUGAGGGAGAAGAAGAAGGUACUACGGAGAAACGAGUGGUGGCAGCAAGCCAGAAGGGGGCAACGCCCAUCCUCGUUAACGGCACGGAUGGCCUGUUGCCCGCACAACCGCAGCCAGCUGUGAGCGGCCAACAGGUGACACCAGAAUUCAUCAGGCCUGCUGUCGUCAACCAGGCUCUCGCCGUCAGUCAGCUUCGACUGGCCGUCCCCAAAGUACGGGCACAUAUCGUGCAAGGCAUUGAUUCCACCGGCAAACCAGGUGAUGUCUCUGGCGACACGGCGGCCAAGUCGAAAGCCGAGUUUGUCUUCGAGGCCAAGAAUCCCUCGGGACAGUCGUUAACCCCAAGAGCGCAGGAUCGUGAACCCUGCCGGAUCACCCUGACGAGAAAGGAUCAGCCUCUGUGGCAGGAUUUUCUUCCUCGCCCGGUUCUGUUGGUUACAGGGACCAAAACGUUCUGGGCGGCAGCAGACGAGACAGGUUCUAUAUACCUGUGGACGCCGUACGGCCGGCGGCUCAACAGUGCUUUGGUCAUGGAAGCCCAACCUGUGAUUCUUGCGUCCUACGAUGCCUGGCUGAUGUGCAUCACCGCCGUCGGUGUUUGCUAUGUCUGGAAUAUCAAAACAAUGUCAUCUCCACAUCCGCCCGUGUCGCUCGCACCUGUCCUCGAUGCGGCUGUCCACUCGCUAGCUGCUCACCCUACCGGUGCGCCUGCAAUUACACAGGCCCGCCUGAAUUCCGAAGGUAGGAUUAUCCUCAGCCUGUCAAAUGGUGACGGGUAUGCCUAUUCGCCCCAGAUGUACUGCUGGCAACGGCUGUCCGAGGUGUGGUGGGCCGUGGGCAGUCAGUACUGGAACACGACCGAUUCGUCGGUGGGCAACAUCCAGUCUUCGAAGGCCAGGACCGACUUUGAGAAAUCCGUGGAUGUGUCUUCCGGCAUUGUGCCAUGGCUGGAGAGAAACACAACGUCGGAGACGUUGCUCCGCGGCCGGGCAUACUUCUUACAACGGCUCAUCAAAGUGUUGUUGUCACGAGAAGGAUUUGAAAGUUUUGAGUCUGGUGUCUCGAUUGCUCAUCUCGAAAACCGCAUUGCUGCAGCGCUCAUGCUCGGGGCCAAGGACGAGUUCCGGAUAUACCUGCUGAUGUACGCCAAACGAUUGGGCGCUGAAGGUCUGAGACUAAAGGUUGAGGAACUACUGAGGACACUGAUCGGCGGGAUCGUGGAAUCGUCAGGUCAAGAUGGAGAGAGUGUUGCAGCGACCGUCAAUGCCGUGGAAGGUCGCAACUGGCAGGAAGAUUCCAAGACGAUCUGCGGAUGGCCCCGAGAAGAGCUUUUGAAGGACGUCGUCUUGCUUCUUGGGAAACAUCGGGAUCUCCAGCGGAUCACUGUGCCUUACGCAAAAAUGUUACAUAUCGUGGACGACAUGCCGGAGGAUCAAGAUCAAAUGGCCUUGUAA